CCUCCGACAGACGGUUUCAAAACCGCACGAAAUGUGGUUAUGUUCAGUGUUGAACUUAACAUUAUAAAUAACAAAACUGUUAUUUAGUCUCAAGUUGAAGUUAAAGUUACGUUAUUAUCGUAGUCUAAUAAUUAGUGGUACCAUAAUUCUGACACAAUGGCCAAAUUCAAAUUGAAGAAACCAUCCAAAAGGCAGCCAGCCCGUCUCCGCUACAAAAUAGAGAAGAAAGUCAAAGACCACAACAGAAAGUUGAAAAAGGAAGCUAAAAAGAAUCCAAAGUCUAAAAAAGCUAAGCCUAUACAGAUUCCAAAUGAAUGUCCUUUCAAAGAUGAUAUAUUGAAAGAGGUAGAAGCUGUAAAAAAGCAUAAAGAGGAAGAGAGACAGAAGAAGAAGGAUCUAGCUAAACUCGAGAAACAAAAGAAGAUGGAGGAGAAGAAGAAUAGUAAACCUAGUAUUGGGGCAUUGGUAGAAAAUGCACAAGCCAGAGGCAAAGUCCACGAUGCCUUUAAAACUGAUGAUGUAUCAGAUGAAAUAGAAUUUGGAAAGGACAGAAAACAAGAAAACUCACUCAAGACAUACUACAGGGAGUUCAAGAAGGUUAUAUCUGAAGCUGAAGUCAUAUUAGAAGUUGUUGAUGCUCGAGAUCCUUUAGGCACCCGCUGUUCUCAAGUCGAGGAAGCAGUCCGCGAGUCCGGCAAGCGUCUGGUCCUAGUCCUGAACAAAGCUGACCUGGUGCCGCGCACCAACUUGGAGUCCUGGCUCAAGUACCUGCGCCGCACCGCGCCCGCAGUGCCCUUCAAGGCUUCCACACAAGACCAGCAACAUAACCUGGGCACCAGGAAAAUGAAGCAUAUUGUUAAGGAGAAACAAAUGAAAGGGUCAGCGUGUGUAGGCGCGGAGUUAGUAAUGAGUUUGCUGGGUAACUACUGCCGCAACAAGGGCAUCAAGACGUCGAUCACGGUGGGCGUGGUCGGCCUGCCCAACGUCGGGAAGAGCUCCAUCAUCAACAGUCUGAACAGAUCGAAAGCCUGCAAUGUUGGGAGCACGCCUGGUGUUACGAAGCAAAUGCAAACAGUACAGCUGGACUCGAAGAUCAAGAUCCUGGACAGUCCCGGUAUAGUGUUCCAGUCUGGUCCAGAGAGUGACUCGUCAGUGGCUCUGAAGAACGCGGUGCGAGUGGCCGCGCUGAAGGACCCGCUGACGCCCGCCGCCGCCAUCCUGCAGCGAGCCACUAAGGCCACGCUCACAGAACUCUAUGCCAUACCGGAUUAUAAUACGCCACAGGAAUUCUUCGCACACCUAGCCUCUCGUAUGGGCAGGUUCAAGAAAGGUGGAGUGCCUGACCAGGAGGCUGCAGCUAAGAUACUGCUAAAUGACUGGAAUACUGGCAAAGUCAGAUACUUCACAUUGCCUCCAGAAACACCAGAAUCCGAGGUCCAUGUGGAUGCUAAGAUCGUGUCAACAAUAGCUGCCGAAUUCGAUAUCAACUCCUUUGAGGCUAUGGAAACUGAAGCCAUGGACGAACUAGCUGCUCACGAUACAGGAGUUGAAGGAGUUAAGAUAACAAGCACGGGGCCAGUAAAAGCAGCUUUAGAAGACGACAUGCAGGUCGACGGCGAAGACGCGAGCCUCCUCCCGAACUCACUCACCAUCCGAUCAAAACUAGAGAAAGCAACCAAACCUAGAGAAAAGUCCAAAGCAGACCCCGAAAUGCUUCUAGAAGGGAACAUGAAACAGAACAAGCUCAGAAAAAUGCAGUUCAAGAAAGAUAAGAAGAAGAAAGCGAAAGAUGAGAAGCAAGCCGUCAAUCUAGCUGGUGUACUAGAAAAUGUAACACUUACGACGUACAAAAAAGAUGACUACGAUUUCAAAGAAGAUUUUUCUUUAUAGACUGACGUGGCGAACAAAAUAUAUUAUUUAAUCAGGUUACAAGUCGAUACUACAAUAUUUGUGUAGCUGUUCUUCAAGGAUAACUCAACAAUACAACUUACGGCCGUGAAUAUAAGAACUAUAUUCGUUAAGCGUUGUUUGCUUUAAAAUUGGCCACGAUUAUCCGAAUACUUGUGAGGUAAUUAAAUAAUUAUAAUUGUAAA